AUUUACCUUUCCCACCUUGGGAGCCCAGGGUGCCUUGCAUUAGUGCUCAUAAACUAUUUCUCACAUUUGUGCAUUGCAUACGUGAAGGAAAAAUCUCACCCCAAUUUAAUUUUUUUGAAAUGGCCCUUUGCUGUAUGUUGGUCUUUCUGUUUGUCGAGUGUAGCGUAGCUAUGGAAAACACACAAGCCCUAACUACAUCUCAAAGAUGUGAAGAGGACACCAACACUUUCCUCGGGGACAUUAACCAGAACAGCCCAAAGGAAUACGCAGUUUCCAUGUAUGAUGCCUUUGGGAAGAUGGGCAGCAACGUUGAAGGAGGUAACGUUAACCAGCCUGGCUUGCUACAGCAGUGUCGCUCUGCCCGCGGCUCCAGCUUUUCUGGAAAGUACUGCCAGGUGUUCAUCAGGCAGGGAACCGUCCAAUACUUCGUCGGCCUUUGUGUUCCCGACUCCUGUGAUGAACAGGAUGUGGAAACGCUAGCACUGUCUGGGAGACUUAACUUUGGUCAAACAUCCCUCAUUCCACCUCUACCUGCCAUCCUGGUCAAUCAGUCCACUCAGGAGGUGUGCCUGGCUAACUGUUUGGACAACAACUUUGCUCCCGAUGCAUCAGAUGUCACCUGCAUGUUUGCAUGUAGCUUGAUGGUAGCAGUUCCUCUUGCAGCUACCUUGUUGACAGCUAUACUAAAAUGGAAGAGGAGCAGCGAGGUAGAUUCUGGUUUAAACACUGGUCUCAGCCUUUAUGGGACUGUGAAGACCAGCGUUUCCUUCAGCAGUGAAAGUUCUUCAGAGGAAAACAACGGUGCCAGGCGUUUUCCCUGGAGCUGUUCAUAUCAAUGCCUGCAGGCGUUCUCUCUACAAACAACCAGCCAAGGUGUCCUGAGCUCCUCCUCAUUCAUCCCAGGCAGAGGCUAUUCCUCCCUGAAUGGCAUCCGCGCCCUUAGCCUGUUAUGGAUCAUAAGUGGCCACUCUGCACAGUUCCCUGCAAUAACCAACUUGGAUAACGGCAAAGACUUCCGGCAAGCAGCAGCAAGCAGCCCUCUGCAUGUGUUUACCAUUGGUGGACCUGCCUUUCUGGCUGUAGACACCUUUUUACUGCUGGGGGGCCUGCUCAGUGCAAGGUCUCUGCUGGGCUCCAUCAACAGAGCUGAGGGCAGACUGAGCCCCAGUGUGGUGGCCAAUUACCUGUUCAGGAGAAUUAAAAGGAUUCAGCCCCUCCAUCUUUUCGUGGUGUGUCUAACCAUUAGCAUCGUCUCUGUGGUCCAGUGGGGACCCUACUGGUUCCCAUUUCUAGAGGCGUUUACUGACUGCAAGAGGUACUGGUGGGCUAACGUGUUAUUGAUCAGUAAUCUGAUUCCAGUAAAUGAGAUAUGUUUGCCUUGGACGUGGUACUUGUCUCUAGACUUCCAGUGCUACGCCACUACUCCCCUUUUGCUGUAUUUCUACAGAUUAAGGAAAGCUGUGUUUGCAGUUGUGGCAGCAGCCCUGCUCCUGCUGACCAUUGCUGCUGGCACUGUUACGACUGCACUCCUGCAGCUGCCAGUCUUUCAGCCGUACACAAUGCUUUCUGAAAAUUACAGUUUAUUUUAUUAUGUAAAACCUCACACAAGAUAUGGCCCAUUCUUAAUUGGGAUAUUGACUGGAAUUUACUUGACAACAAGGAGCAAUCAGCUCUUAAAGAAUAAGUGGCAGGCAGCACUUGGUUGGUUUUGCUGUCUUUCACUCAUGGCUGCGGUGGUUGGACUGGCCUACGUUCUCAAGGAGACUCCGGCCUACCCAUCAGUGCCGCAUGCUCUCUACCAGGGAAUGCACCGAUCGCUGUGGGCUCUGGCUUUGACCUGGAUCAUAGUCGCCUGUGAGGAGGGAUAUGGAGGUUUUAUUAAGAGCUUCUUAUCAUUGGCGGUCUGGGUUCCACUUUCCAACAUUAGCUUUGCUUGCUAUCUGAUACAUCCCAUCAUCAUCAUCCUCUAUAUUGGUUUGCAAGAGACCCCAAUCCACUACACAGACCUCAACUAUAUGUACAUGUUCCUCGGUCACCUGGUGUUGACUCUGUUGAUGGGCUACGUGUUGACUGUUCUGAUUGAGAAGCCCUAUCUUCUGUUAAAAUGCACCAGUCCAUAGACGCAAUUCAGAAUGGGAGAGUUCAAAUUAUUAUGACUCCACUGUAUAAUGAGCAGUUUAAACCUACAAAAUGUACAAAAUGUCCUACAUAAAACUACAACAGUUUUGUAGUUCAAGUUGCAAACGUGAAUGAGUUAGAAUAAGUUAUAAGCACCACCACAUCAGAUGCUCUGACAUCAAACAAGCAACACAUCUUCCUAGAGACCUCUGUAGAACAUACUGUAAGCCAACAAACCCUCGUGUUAUCAAACAACAGCUUUGUAGGAUGUUAUCUGAACAUGAAACGUUUUGUAACAACCACUGAAAAUAGCCGCUGGUUUAAAGAGAGCCCGUGUGUAAAGUAGGUCAUCGCUGAAGCAGCCUGCAUAUAUAGGGUAUCAGCACGUGCAUGCUCAGCACCACCUGUGCUUAUGCUACACAGGGUUAUGCUAGCUCAUGCUGGCUAAUGCUAGCAGCCUCUAGUCCAGUAUCAGUUGCCUCAUUUCAUAAAACACACCCACUAACUUACCUUGCGACACUCCAUGAACCUGGCCGCACUAACAAACGUUAUGUUCGGCACCUGCUCUAGGCCCCGCCCCUUUUUACCUAAUUCUCUUAAAGCUACAGUAACAUUUCUGCUCAAUUCGUAACUUUUAUCCUCUGCAAAUUUAAUGAUGACGACAGUCCUUUUGUGAUGUUAUAAAGGUCAACAUAAAUUUAUUGCUUCUAGUUUAAUUAUUAUUCAGUAUUUUUGUUUUUUUGCAAAUGUAAAAGUUCAUUAAAAUAUUUUUAUUGAGUGAGACUUGGUUAAUAGUUUAAAGCGUAUUUAUUAAUUACUUUUUAAAAUUAAAUAUUUUCCCAUAUUUGUGUCACCACAUUAGAAACCGCUCCAGCACUAAGAAACCUACAGUACUUUGGGACAAAUAAAUUAAAAAAAAAUUAUUAUCUGUUU